GGACGCCAAAAGGCGGAUUCUGCUCCGCUUAAAGCGGCAGCUCGAGUUCCCAGCUUCAGUUCUUCUCCCAGUUGCAGCGAUCGAGCAAGAGAGAGAGUGAGGGAGUUGGCGGUGAGUUCCCACAUGGUCUAGGGUUUCUCUUUGGAGAGAAGGAAGGAUAAGAGAAAGAGAGGGAGGAGGGAGGGAGAGAAAAAGAGAGAGAUUCAAUGGGGAGAUCGAGUAGCCUUGCAUGCUUGAACAUUGUUGCUUGCGGGAAGAAAUCGCAGGAUGACGAUGAGAUCGACGCACCUGUGGAGGGGAGAAUCCCUUCAGAUAAGCGUCGUUGGAGUUUUAGGAAGAGAUCUGCAACACAUAGAGUACUGAGCAACACUGUACCUCCUGAAUUACCACCUUCUUCCAUUGUCAAAGAAAGUCCAGAAUCCAAUGCAAAUGAUUUUUCAGAACAAACCAAUCCACCUGUUUUAGGAAAGCUCUCUGUAGCUAGAAAAGCUGAUGACGUCUUCCCUCUCUCACCAGUUGCUUUAAGUUCAAAAGAUGGAGGCUCUCUUGAUUCCAUUGAAAAUGUUAGUAACUGUGAAAGCAGCGCACUGGAAUCUGCAGCGGUCACCAUACAGGCAUCUGUCAUGGGAUAUUUGGCCCAAAGGGAGCUAGCCAAGCUCAAGAAUGUUAUUAAGCUGCAGGCGGCCGUUCGUGGGCAUCUUGUUAGGAGACAAGCUGUGGGGACUCUACGAUGUGUCCAGGCGAUUAUAAAAAUGCAAGCACUUGUUCGUGCACGUCGUGUGCGUUCCUCUGAGGAAGGUUUAGCUAUUCAGUAUAAAUUAUCUGAGAUGCGAAAAACAGCUAGCAGAACAGCAGACAACCUGGAAAAGGAAGAACCUGGUGGAAAGCCGAACAAUCUUUGCACUGCUGACACGUUGUUCCGAAGUGGGUUUGCUCGUCGGCUAUUGGAAUCAGCGGAAAAGACAAAACCUAUAUGCAUAGUGUGUGAUCCUACAAAACCAAGCUCAGGCUGGAGUUGGUUGGAGAGAUGGAUGUCAUUAUCUGCAAAAGAACACCCUUGUUCUAGGACAGCGGAUCUUUUGUCAGAGCAUGAGGAGUUGGCUAAAAAGAUUAAUUUGGUUAGUGAUGAAGUAGAAGCUAGUGAUAAAUGUAUAGGAACCCAUGGUUUUGACUCCUCGAGUAUUAAGGAUGAGAGGCCAGAGGAAGAGGCAGCUUACUCUUCUGGAACACAUCUUGAGGGAGAUGAUGAUCUGAUUACAAUUGAUGCAAAUGGCUUCAACUUUCACACUUGCCAUGCUGUUGAAAUGUCAAAUGAGAGCAUCGAGGCAACUGUCAGUCAGGAACCACCUAAAGUUGCAUCUGAAGGUUCUGAUUUUACAUCAUCCCUAAGGAAUGCCCUUCAGUCUACACUGGACUCUCUGUCUAAUCAUUCUGCUUCUCCAGAUUGUGCAGCAUCUGGUUCUACUCCAGAUGCAUCUAAGAAUGAAGGUGGUAGCGUAAGGGAUUCCUUGAAUGGGCCAGUAUCUAAAGAGCAGGACACCGAGGGGAAGAAGCCUGUGUCUAUACCUAGGAAGUCCUGCAAUCCAGCAUUUGCAGCCGUGCAAUCCAAAUUUGAAGAGCUGAGCUCACCACUGCCUUCAGGUAGGAUCAGUGCUUCUUCAAACCACUGUGGAGGAUCAAGAUUGGGAUCUGUUUCUCCGCCAAAAUCUGAUGUCAGGCCUAUGGAUGUAAACCAGACACAUGACAUGGACUCUUGCGCCAAUAGGUUUCAAAAGGGGACAUCGGAAUGUGGUACUGAAAUUUCUAUAUCUUCAACUCUUGAUUCUCCAGAUAGGUUUGAGCUGGAAAGGGGUGAACUGGGUCAUGAAGUUGGAAUUCUUGAUAAUGGAGACAGUGAAGAACAGGGAACACCUGAAGGUGAACCUCAUCCAAUCUCAGAUGCACUCCCAGCUUCCAAUGCAGUAGCCUCUCUUCCAGGUGCACCUGAAGACAGUCUUAUGAGUUCUGUGGAUCCAGCAAUAGUUACAACAAACGUGGACUCCUCAAAACACAUGGAGCCAGACUUAAAGAUUGAAUUGGAGUCUCAGGCAGAUAAACAAGUCGACGAUUCUUCGCAGGAAGGAUCUCCGACUAGCCGUGCUACCAUCCUGGAAUCUCAUGGAACACCAUCAAGCCAGGUAUCUUCAGGAGCCCAGAGGAGUAAGGCAGACAGCAAAAAGUCAAUCCGCAAGCGCAUCACAUCUUCCACAAGCAAGGGAUCACCAUCAAGUCAGAAUCAUGAUUCAUCAGAGAAGGACACUCUGGAACAUUUACCAAAAGAAUCAAAAGGUGGUAGACGUCGAAACUCAUUUGGGUCAGCUAAGUCUGACAAUGCUGACCGCGAAAAGGGCAGUACCAUUCCUAGCUACAUGCAGGCUACAGAAUCUGCUAGAGCAAAAGCCCUUACAAGCCACUCUCCUAAGUCAAGCCCUGAUGUUCAUGACAAGGAUGGCUACCUUAAGAAGAGACAUUCCCUUCCAGGCAGUAAUGGAAAGCAGCAGAACUCUCCAAGAAUGCAGCGAUCCUUGUCACAGGCACAGCCUGCUGCAAAGGUUAGCAGUGGCCAUUCACCCCAAGAGAGAGAAUGGAGGCGGUGACAUUCAUCGGAAGUGUCUUGAGGUUGCAUUAGGUAUCUAAGAGAGAAGAAUUCUUCUAUGUACAAAAUGUUGCUGUAGCGUGUUUCUUCUUCAUAUUGUUUGGUUGGUUGAUCUACUAUGGUUCUUCUUGUAUUUUUAGUUAUGCAUAUAUAACUUGCAAAUCAAUUUGAUGGGUUGUGCUUUGAUUCACCAUAUUCUAGCUUCUUGUGAUUCUUAAGCUUUUGGUCUGUACGGAAUAAAGAUUGGCUGAUUCUUUUAA